AGCUCUUUUCAAUAAAUAUUAGAUUUUAACAGGGGUAAGGUAUUUGAUAUUGGAAACUACAUCUUCACAUAAUAUUUUAAUUGCUUGUGGUCAGGUAUGUAUUUCAUUAAACAACUUUUUUCAUCAAUAUCUAUGUUAACAUUUACAUAACUUUAUUUUUUGUAUAAUCUGUUAGGUAUGUUCUAUUAUCUGUCAAGGAUCUGACAUGCUCAUCCAAUUUCACCUUUCAGAGUGUAAACUUGGAACCAAUACAGCUCUGCACGCCUAAGUCUAGUUGAAAGUAAAUAAAUAUAAAGAACACGAUGUCGUAAAGAUAGCAAACAGAAGAAUCGCAAACUAUACCUGCAUAAAUUGUUAUAAUGGAUUAUCAAGUUAUUGCGUUUUCAAAACCACCGGUUUAACGAACUUUUAUAGGUUAUGUGUUAGACGUGAUACUAGAAACGAACGGUCUUGCACCGUUAAACAAAUGGAGUAGAGAAUCUAAUAAUUGCUUUUCUGUAGUCAGUGUGCAUACAUAUAAAGAUGGAGAGUAAUAAUGCGAAUGAAAAUGCAACUAAUAUAUCCGAUGAGCUCCAAGAACGGGCGGAGAGAAACCGGCAAAAAGCACUACUUUUAAAAAAAUCAAGGAUUGUUGCUCACCCCUAUGCUAAAAGCGACUGUACAUCGGGUAGACUUUUGAAAGUUCAAGGUCAGCGAGUGAUUGACAGUGGUGGAGGUUUUCUGAUCGAAGAAGAUGAAGUGCUAGAGCAAGAAAUGUUAAAUAUUGUUGCUGAACCUGCACCUAUUAUAGGAACUUUACCUAGGUGCGAACAAUGCCAAAAUGAAUAUAAGGAUUCAUAUCUUCUUCAAACUUUUGAUUUGUCUGUGUGCGAUAAAUGCAGAGAUAGGGAAGGAAAGCAUUCAUUAAUCACAAGAACUGAAGCAAAGCAAGAAUACUUGUUAAAGGAUUGUGAUUUAGAUAAACGAGAGCCUCCACUAAAGUAUAUUCUUAGAAAAAAUCCACACAAUGCCCGAUGGGGUGAGAUGAAAUUGUACUUACAUUUACAAAUAGAAGACCGAGCAUUAGAGGUAUGGGGUACAGAGGAAAACCUAAUCAAGGAACGUGAGAAACGGGAUGUUGCUAAGCAGGAAGCCAAAAUAAAAAAGUUCAAUAAAAAGAUAAAAAAAUUAAGAAUGGAAGUAAGAAGUUCAUUGUAUGAUAAAACAAAAAAAGCUACUCAUGUUCACGAUUUUGGAAAUGAUACAUAUAAUGAGGAAGAAGAUACAUAUACUCAUGCAUGCACCUCUUGUGGUUACGAAGAAACGUAUGAAAAAAUGUAACUAAACUUGGGUAGAUUUACUGUUACUAAAUUAAUUAAAAUCGUAUACCGUUGGAAACUAAAUUAAAAGAUUCUUGUUAGAAUACCAAUGUUUGCUUUUGAACGACAUUAAUGUAUGUAUGUAUGAUGUGUCCGAGUUUUUAAUUUAUGAAUGUACUUUGAUAUAAACAUACAUAAUUAAAUGAUAACACCAUA